AUGGAGGCAGCUCGAGUGUAUCAAGAAGCAUUAUACGCGGAAUUGGAGCGCCGAAUUGGCAUCUUGCAAGAAGCGGACGAAAAGCACAAAGGCUGGUGGGCAAUUCCCACACCAAUUGACUACUUACGUCGGUACAGCAAGACCCAUGGAAAUUUGAUACAAUUUGGACAUCUAACACCGAAUGGGAUUCUCGGGUUUGCACGAGACCACAACGUGGCGUUUCGCGCAGGCCUGAGUUUAUUAACAACACCCAACGACUAUCCAAUCUACCCGUGUGUCGGACGCCCACCUUAUUGGUCAUGUAACGGUGGAAUUGUAGAAGGGCGAAAAGCAUCUGCGAAACAUACCCACACCGGAACGGCAGGAAGAACGGGACAAUGUCUGGUGAUGCCGUAUUACGUGAAUCCUGAUGCAACGGGAGCAGAAGGAAACAUUUUCAAAAAAUUCAUGACAUCAGAAUGGUUUCUACAAGAAGAACCAUUUAAUUUGGAAAUGAUCUUGCCCCGAGCCAAGAAUGCGGAUACAACAACACCGUAUCAUCGUCUAGCAGUGGGAAGUUUGGUAGAACUGAAGACAUCACCGAUUUUGGGAAUUGUGAUGAUAAUGACUGAAGCGGGUGUGUGGGUUGUGGGAAAGGAGGGUCGACAAUUUUAUUUCUAUGAAAACAUCUUGCGUGUUUUAAGUCACGGAAUGAUAGAAGGUUCCCAAGCCUCGUUGAACCGAAAGAAGGCGAAGUUAAUGUCAGUGGAAGAAGAGCAUGUGAAACUGGCACAGUCAGAGACGACAAUGGUAACAACACUAAACGCUCGUCGUCGCCUAAUUGAAGAUUCAAACAAGGCCGAAACAGCAGCAAUGAUGAGACUACGAAAGGCCUUUACGGCAAUAACAAAAGUGGAUAGAGAUCACCUAUUGCGAGGUUUUACGGAACCAACAGAACUGUUCCUAAGUUUGGACAACAAUGACGAAGUAAAGAACAUCGGCGAUACAAUCGAAAUGAAGUUGGGAAACGUCACGCUACACGUGGGAAAGGAAAGAGCACUAGAAAAAAUCUGGCGUGAAUCCUUAAAGCUACACGUAGAACCCGAUGUGGAAAGAACAGAUAUGUCACAAAUGGAAGUAAUUGAGGGCGGAACAAUUAACCUGGGAACCAUCGAAGCAUCCGCCGUGUUCAUCCUGGACAAGGAAGAUCCCAAAGAAAACGAAGUGGAUGGGAUAAUGAACCCGAGCGCAAUUGCACUAGGGCCAAGAACAAGGGACGGAUACGGAUUCGUGCACUUGUCGAUGAUCUUCAGGAUUUCAAAAUUCUUUCCAAUCUCACCACCGAAUUACUUUGCCAACGUAGCGGCAGAAAUGGGAUUGACGCAUGAAAUCUACGGGGAACUGAAAGGGAAGAACAUUGAUCUGCCUAUCCCAGGCACAAUCGUCGAUAAUUACAAAUUUAGCACCGAACGAACCCCGAUUGGAGGAGAACCACGACGAAAUUCCUCGAAAAAAGCCAUCAUACUAAUUAGUACCUCGAUGUGUAGCACCUUUCAUUUUGGGGGAAAAAAGGACAGUUAUCGAACUAGAGUAGACUGCGAGGAAUGGGUACAUUACCCUGUGAUGGAUGUGGGAUAUAUGGUGGACGACCUAGACGUCGAGAUUCUACAAACGCCUGACCUUUAUCGGCUGCAUCACCAGCAAUCACAACUCUUAAUGGAGUCGUGGGAUGUUCAGGACGGGCAACACCAUGAUGAGGUAAUUCGGUGGCACGUGGAAGUGCUGACUGGAGUUGGGCCUGGUCCGGAGAAACCCACGUUUUCCUGGGGCCUACCCUUGCGCCCCCUGGUGGCCUGUCCGAACCAUUUCCAUCCCUGGGUGGCGACAACCAGUCGCCAGGCCGUUUUUCUGGCCAAUGGCCGCGAUAAGGCGGUCAAUUGCGAAAUAGGCGCCGUUCCGGUGCCCCAACAGCUGGUGUGGAUCCAGCUUCCUCCAGCCCAAGCGUGA